AAAAAAAUGAACUGACCUACCCCGCCCCAUUUUGGUUUCAGUCCUUCACGCUGGCUUCGCCUACACUUUGGGCAAUGGAGCGGGAAAGGAAAACGCACGUAGGCUGAGCUCAAAGCGGUGCCAGACGGGGAUGACUCGGCGACGCCGCCAGACGCGUUACCCGGCGUGCUCCGCGCGGGGCCGGUGGAGGGACGUGGGGGAAGGGGCAGGGAGGAGGAAGCGGUGGCUGCUGCGGAUGUGGAUGUGAGCGAGCGACGCCUGAACACACCGCGGCUGCCUAGCGCCUGACCCGGGCCUGCGCCAGAGCCUGCACUGAGCUCUGAGGCCCCACACCCGUUAGGGUGGCCCUGCGCCCGUUGCUACUGAGGCGAGGUGCUCUGCAUUCUUCGCUGCCCAGGCCUGCCGGCUCCUCCUCGCUCACCCGCUCCCUCCUGCUCGCCUGAGUCACCGCCGCCGCCACCACCGCCGCCGCCAUGGCCGAGAGUGGUGAAAGCGGCGGCCCUCCUGGCUCCCAGGAUAGCGCCGCCGGAGCCGAAGGUGCCGGCGCCUCCGCGGCCGCUGCCUCUGCGGAGCCCAAAAUUAUGAAAGUCACCGUGAAGACUCCGAAGGAGAAGGAGGAAUUUGCUGUGCCCGAGAAUAGCUCCGUCCAGCAGUUUAAGGAAGAAAUCUCUAAACGUUUUAAAUCACAUACUGACCAACUUGUGUUGAUAUUUGCUGGAAAAAUUUUGAAAGAUCAAGAUACCUUGAGUCAGCAUGGGAUUCAUGAUGGACUUACUGUUCACCUUGUCAUCAAAACACAAAACAGGCCACAGGAUCAUUCGGCUCAGCAAACAAAUACCACAGGAAGCAAUGUUACUACAUCAUCUGCUCCUAAUAGUAACUCCACAUCUGGUUCUGCUACUAGCAACCCUUUUGCUUUAGGUGGCCUUGGAGGACUUGCAGGUCUGAGUAGCUUGGGUUUAAAUACUACCAACUUCUCUGAACUACAGAGCCAGAUGCAGCGACAACUUUUGUCUAACCCUGAAAUGAUGGUCCAGAUCAUGGAAAAUCCCUUUGUUCAGAGCAUGCUCUCAAAUCCAGACCUGAUGAGACAAUUAAUUAUGGCCAAUCCACAAAUGCAGCAGUUGAUACAGAGAAAUCCAGAGAUUAGUCAUAUGCUGAAUAAUCCAGAUAUAAUGAGACAAACAUUGGAACUUGCAAGGAAUCCAGCAAUGAUGCAGGAAAUGAUGAGAAACCAGGACCGAGCCUUGAGCAACUUAGAAAGUAUUCCAGGGGGAUAUAAUGCUUUAAGGCGCAUGUACACAGAUAUUCAGGAACCAAUGCUGAGUGCUGCGCAAGAGCAGUUUGGUGGUAAUCCAUUUGCUUCCUUGGUGAGCAAUACAUCUUCAGGUGAAGGUAGUCAACCUUCCCGUACAGAAAACAGAGAUCCACUACCCAAUCCAUGGGCUCCACAGACUUCCCAGAGUUCAUCAGCUUCCAGUGGCACUGUCAGCACUGUGGGUGGCACUACUGGUAGUGCUGCCAGUGGCACUGCUGGGCAGAGUACUACUAUGCCAAAUUUGGUACCUGGAGUAGGAGCUAGUAUGUUCAACACUCCAGGAAUGCAGAGCUUGUUGCAACAAAUAACUGAAAACCCACAACUUAUGCAAAACAUGUUGUCUGCCCCCUACAUGAGAAGCAUGAUGCAGUCACUAAGCCAGAAUCCUGACCUUGCUGCACAGAUGAUGCUGAAUAAUCCCCUAUUUGCUGGAAAUCCUCAGCUUCAAGAACAAAUGAGACAACAGCUCCCAACUUUCCUCCAACAAAUGCAGAAUCCUGAUACACUAUCAGCAAUGUCAAACCCUAGAGCAAUGCAGGCCUUGUUACAGAUUCAGCAGGGUUUACAGACUUUAGCAACGGAAGCCCCGGGCCUUAUUCCAGGGUUUACUCCUGGCUUGGGAGCAUUAGGAGGCACUGGAAGCUCUUCAGGAACCAAUGGCUCUAAUGCUGCACCUAGUGAAAACACAAGCCCCACAGCAGGAACCACUGAACCUGGACAUCAGCAGUUUAUUCAACAGAUGCUACAGGCUCUUGCUGGAGUAAAUCCUCAGCUACAGAAUCCAGAAGUCAGAUUUCAGCAACAACUGGAACAGCUCAGUGCAAUGGGAUUUUUGAACCGUGAAGCAAACUUGCAAGCUCUAAUAGCAACAGGAGGUGAUAUCAAUGCAGCUAUUGAAAGGUUACUGGGCUCCCAGCCAUCAUAGCAGCAUUUCUGUAUCUUGAAAAAAAUGUAAUUUAUUUUUGAUAACGGCUCUUAUAACUUUAAAAUACCUGCUUUAUUUCAUUUUGACUCUUGGAAUUCUGUGCUGUUUAAACAAACCCAAUAUGAUGCAUUUUAAGGUGGAGUACAGUAAGAUGAGUGGGUUUUUCUGUAUUUUUCUUUUCUGGAAAAGUGGGAAUCAGUGCUUUUCAUUUAAGGCUACUGCAUGCAUCACUUCUGCAUUUAUUGUAAUUUUUUAAAAACAUCACCUUUUAUAGUUGGGUGACCAGAUUUCGUCCUGCAUCUGUCCAGUUUAUUUGCUUUUUAAACAUUAGCCUAUGGUAGUAAUUUAUGUAGAAUAAAAGCAUUAAAAAGAAGCAAAUCAUUUGCACUCUAUAAUUUGUGGUACAAUAUUGCUUAUUGUGACUUUGGCAUGCAUUUUUGCAAACAAAAUGCUGUAAGAUUUAUACUACUGAUAAUUUUGCUUUAUUUGUAUACAGUAUAGAGUAUGCACAUUUUGGACUGCAUUUCUAGAAACAUAGUGCAAUAGGCUAUCUGAGCAAAACACCUGUAACCAAAAAAGUGAAGAUAAGAAAAUACUCUUAAAGCUGAGUUAUUUCCUAAUUGUAUAGAGUCUUACAGCAUCUUUGACAAACAUCUCCCAGCAAAAGUGCCGGUUAGUCAGGUUUGUUGAGAAUAUAGUAGAAAAGUUGAUUCUGGUUAUCUCUUUAAGGACAUUUAAUUGUACAGACAACAUAAUGUAACAUUGUCUCAACAUUCAUUCACAGAUUGAUUGUAAAUUACCUUAAUCUAUGUGCGGACUGAAGGAACACUGUAGUAUACCCCAAAAUACAUUUGCCUAGGACUUUUCAGCUUCUCCCAUAGGUAGUUUAACAGGCAUUAAAAUUUGUAAUUGAAAUGUUGCUUUCACUGAAAGUGUCUUGAUGUUUCAGUUAUUUUUAAUCGCCAUAUAAAGAUAGAACUAUCUUUUGGGUUUAUAUGUUUUCUCAUGCACAGGCAAUACACAAAUUUAAAAUGAGUUGUGAGCCAAUUGUUUCUGAAGUGUUUUGGUAGUUCUAUUAAGAAAUAGUUAAAUAUUGUGCUUUUCAGAGCCACAGAGAAAGGGGAAUGGGGUGGGGGGCAGCGGAAUCUAUCCUGGAUUGGGCCAGCUUAAAUAAUACUGGCAACCAAGAUUCUGUUAGGAUUUCUGUGCAUAUAGUGUAGUAAAGAAGUAUCAUUCAGGGUGAAAAACAAAGAGCCGUUUUAACGAUGUUGAGUACAUUUGGCUGUUUUAUAGCCUUUUUCUUCCCUCCCCAAAGAAGUUGUUUGCCUAGCUCCCAAACUGUUGGGGUGGUACAUUCCUUUAGGACCAAUUAAAACAUAAUUUAGGGUCAGUAAUACAUUUGGCUGGCUCUGGUUCAGUAUUCUCUUAGGUGAUUAUAUUCUCUCAUGUACAGUUACAGGAAAUUAAAAUGUUAAAGUAACCUAAAAUGAAUUCAGACCAAUAAAAUCAAGGGAAAUACAAGUUGAUUCCAUUACUUCUGUCAGUUGCCUGCUAUUAAAAAAUGGUUAAGAGGCCAGGUUAUACCCAUCAGUCCAUGCACUGUUCUGACACUUUCCCCAGGAGGAAAACAUGUACAAAGGUUACGGUGGAGGCAUGAGUAGAGGAGAUUGUUAAGAACAGUAUUCGUGUGUAUUUGCUCUUUCUGCUUUAUGCCUCAGUCUGAUUUUAAAACUUUUGUACUGGUGAAUGGUGGUAUUCAGUGUGGGAUAGUGUCAUAACUAAUUUGACAAUUUAUUAAUCACAAAAUAACAAUAAAUCUCUAGCUUUUACACUUGA